CUGUCAGUAUCUGUCACGUCCCGCCUGUGGUCGGUGUCCGUGUGUUUGUGUCAGAUAUCAUUAUAUAUUAUCAUCGUGGUCCGCGUCAGGAGCGGGGCUGGUGGCGAGGCGCCCCGUGAGGACACACUACUUACUGUAACACGCUCCUCAUCAAACAUUAACAUAAAUGAAACGAGCCCGGCGGCGGACAGAGGACUAGUGUCGCCCCUCACACCACUGCCGCGGUAUCACUUGAUGAUUAAUGAGGGGUGA